AUGAACCUCAGCAACACAGCAAUGCGUGUGCGCACCGUUCAGGGCGAGAUAUGGGAUGUGGAGUGUAGUCUUGCAGUGGUGCGGUUGCUGCUACGGGGUCGCCGAUGGCGCCUGGCGCUGACUCAUGUUGACGAGGCACUGGAACUGCCAGACAUGCAGCGAGUCAAAGCGCAAGUGCUCGUGGACCCUGCCGGUCAUUUACGGCAGGAGGCGUUCCCAACCUCGCCCACACAGACAAUACUGACGCACUAUACCCAGUUACUCACGGCAGCGUUGCAGGCAACGGCGAUCGGUGGCGACAGUGAGCGCGCAUCAGUGUACUACGAUGCCUUCAAAGCACUACUACGUUACGUCUUCGCUGAAACAGUUAACGUGGGUACUCUUCACGCAGCUGAAGAUUGCUCGCAGAAUAGCGAUAGUGAUGGGCUGGAUGCUGCGCUGGACAUGGCUACUUUGUCUGAAAGGGGCGCAGCUCACGCCUCUUGCGUGGAGGACCGAGUGCAGCAGACAGUACGAGAACUGGCGCCGCGUGCGCGCAUUUUGUUCUUCCGAGCUAUGACAAAGAGGAUGCUCACGUCGCAUGCUGGAAAAUGA